UAUUUUAGUUUGCUUCCGGUCCCUGCGUUUCAAGUUCAGAGCAACAUGUAAUUCGCUAGCAAAAUAAUAAGCUUAGUUAAUUACUAUGUGCUACUUAUUUUCGUCUAGCUCGUUGUUUGUUUAUGGUACAUGCGUACUUGAGCAAUUCGCCUAAGCUCACAGGUCUAUUGUAAUUUUUUCUCCGUUUUGUUAAAGAAGCCAAACUGUUACCUUAGCAGAUAGACAGGUAGCUUGCUAUAGCUCGCUAGCCAGCGUAAAAGCAGGACGAGAUAAUGUAAUGUUACAGUUUUAAUGUAAACUACAUAACGUAAGGUCAAGAAUCAUUAAUGGCAGCUCGGAAACACUUCACAGACACAGAUACUGCCGAUGAAGCAGUGAGGACGACGUGUGACGAUGCAACCAUAUGCAAAAGGUUUGCUACCAGUAAAGGUUACUGGAAGGACCCAUAUAUCCAGUAUUUUGCCAGAUCUGUUGGAGAGCGGAGGACACCUGAAAUCAACAGAGGUUACUAUGCCCGUGUUCAAGGGGUGAACCAUCUUCUUGAUGCGUUUGUAAGGAAAGCAGAGUGUGACUGUCAAGUAAUCAACCUUGGUGCUGGACUGGACACUACAUUCUGGAGACUAAAGGAUGAAAAUCUGAUGCCAAGGAAGUUCUUUGAAGUUGAUUUUCCAACAGUCGUGGCCAGAAAAAUACAUCAUAUUAAGACAAAACCAUCCCUGUCCAAACCCAUUAUUGAAACCCACUCGACAGACUCUCUGCUGCUAGAUGUCCACAGCCUUGACUCAGACCGGUACUGCAUCAUUGGUGCAGACCUCAGAGACAUCACGAAUUUGGAUCAAAAACUGAAGAAGUUCCAGCUUAACCCAGAAUUACCGACGUUGUUCCUGUCAGAGUGUGUGCUGGUCUACAUGACCCCGUCACAGUCCUCUAACCUGGUUCACUGGGCAGCAGAUACCUUUCACACUGCCAUGUUCGUCAACUACGAACAGGUAAACAUGGCUGAUCGAUUUGGCCAGAUAAUGAUUGAGAACCUGCAGCGACGCCAGUGCACCCUGGCAGGAGUGGAGGCCUGCCAGUCUCUGGACUCUCAGAAGGAGCGGUUUCUGAAGACAGGCUGGGAGCACGCUGAUGCUCUAGACAUGAUGACGAUCUACAGCAUGCUCCCCCAGGACGAUGUGGCCAGAAUUGAGCAUCUGGAGUUCCUGGACGAGAAGGAGCUGUUGCAGCAGCUCCUUCAACACUACAGCAUCAGCUGGGCCACCAAGGACAAACUCAACCUUGGUCUGUCACAGUUGGCAUUUUAAGAGUGAAGCUGCAUCGCCGUUUGGACAUGUUUUACAUGUGUGCACCAAAACCAACAAAUGGAGAAGAUGUGUGCACUGGGAAAAAGGAAGCCCAUAUUCUCAAUGAAGCUGUCGUCCGGGAGCUGUUCCAGUGUGAAAACCCCCCCGCAUCAGCAGAAUGUGAGCGUCCUUUGUAACCAGCUAGAUGUUGAAGAUACGAGGUAAUUGGAUUGAGAACUGGGAAGAGGUUUGUCAGUGCACUGAAUUACCAACCAUAAAAUUGGUCGUUUGUUUUACUGAUUUACUUACAGGUAUGCUUUUUCUGUAAAUAACAAUCACUUGGGCAAAAAUGUCAAUUGAAAAUCUGCUCAUCUGUGUCGGAGAUUAAAGAAUGUAUGAAGCCUGAAGAAUAUAAGAUGUCAUAUAUUUGUCCUUGUCUAGUUUUAUGUGCUAUUUCAGUUUUAUUUAUUGAUCAACUAUACCUUCAGACUCGUCUUCUUAGAAACAUCCAUGCAUGCGGUUAUCUAGUGUCAAACUGCGAGAAGUGCAUUAUAUGUAACUAUGGGCUGUAAAAUGUUUGCUGUUUUUGCUUCUAGUCUUCAAAGAGCAAAAAGAACAUGGCCAAGCAGAUCAGUUUGUACUAGAAUGAAUGCUCUUCAAAUGCAGUCGAAUAAAAGCGUCAUUUUAUGUAAA